AUGUACGUGACUGAAACUAUAUCACCUAAGUACGUGACUGAAUCUAUAUCACCUAUGUACGUGACUGAAUCUAUAUCACCUAUGUACGUGACUGAAUCUAUAUCACCUAUGUACGUGACUGAAUCUAUAUUACCUAUGUACGUGACUGAAUCUAUAUCACCUAAGUACGUGACUGAAUCUAUAUCACCUAAGUACGUGUCUUUCUCUAUAUCACCUAUGUACGUGACUCAAUCUAUAUCACCUAUGUACGUGACUGAAUCUAUAUCACCUAAGUACGUGACUGAAUCUAUAUCACCUAAGUACGUGACAGAAUCUAUAUCACCUAAGUACGUGACUGAAUCUAUAUCACCUAUGUACGUGACUGAAUCUAUAUCACCUAUGUACGUGACUGAAUCUAUAUCACCUAUGUACGUGACUGAAUCUAUAUCACCUAAGUACGUGACUGAAUCUAUAUCACCUAAGUACGUGACUGAAUCUAUAUCACCUAAGUACGUGACUGAAUCUAUAUCACCUAAGUACGUGACUGAAUCUAUAUCACCUAUGUACGUGACUGAAUCUAUAUCACCUAUGUACGUGACUGAAUCUAUAUCACCUAUGUACGUGACUGAAUCUAUAUCACCUAUGUACGUGACUGAAUCUAUAUCACCUAAGUACGUGUCUUUCUCUAUAUCACCUAUGUACGUGACUCAAUCUAUAUCACCUAUGUACGUGACUGAAUCUAUAUCACCUAUGUACGUGACUGAAUCUAUAUCACCUAUGUACGUGACUGAAUCUAUAUCACCUAAAUUGCAAAAAUUUGCCUGA